CCACUCAUUCCAGGAGCAUACUGAAAAUACAACGGUGUAUAUAUUUAAGUCCUAGUCCCUUAAGUCCAUGCGGUAUAGCUAUUUUACAUCAACCACAGGUCCUGGAAUGAAAGUCCAACAUCACCACUACUUAGUAGUGGGCGUUCCAGCAAGAACUGUCGUAGUACUUCUUGCCAUCCUUGUCGUCCUCAUCACAGUCUUCCUCCCAGGUAAGGAUGUCGAUAAUCUCCUCGAAAAGCUCGCAAAUGAACUCCUCUGCGGCUUCCUCGAGCGAAUAAACCUGGCAAGAGUUACACUUGUCGUGGUCCACACAGAACUUCUUGCAGUCGAUCUCGAAGGUAUCCUUGUCACACUUCUUGGUAUCGAUGGGAGUGUGCUUGCCCGGCCUCCAUCCAUGCCAGUCGUUCUUGUUCACAAAGACAGGCUCCCAAGUGCACUCUUUGUCAUCGUGCUUCUUGUGAUCAAAGUCUUUGUCGUUGUAUUUCUUGUGGUCAUUCCAGUCCCUGGCUUGAACACCGGCUUGGCGGGCGUUGACGGUGCCGCAGAGGGCGGGAGCCACGAGGGCAGCGAGAGGAAUGAGAGCAGCAACAGAGAAACGCAUAGUGGCUAGUGAGAUGAGAAACUGUGGUAGAUGAGUAGGUAGAUGAGUUUGUCUGGAGAACGAUGGCCAUUUCGUAGCCCUUUAUGUUUUUUUUCGAACGGCCAGGCUUGCCCUUG